GCACUUUGGCUUGCGCAACCGACGAGGAAGACGACUGCGGAUAUUACGGCAAUCUUGUGAAUAGAACAGAUAAACAAACAUGUCUUCUAUAUAAUUUUUAUUUGCAGUGUGUUGAUCGUGCCUCUAUUUUGUCGAUUUCUUUCGAGCAGAUCACCUUCCUAUGCCAUUUUGGGUCUAAAACAUUUUUUCGAAAAAGCUUAAGUUGACAGUUUUCUCUCCGACUCCAACUAGCGAGCUAACUAAAUUGUUUGCUUCAUUCCAAAGACGACGGAUUAAAAUAUGGCGUGAACGAUGAGUGUUGCAACCAACUUAUUCAGUUGUAGCCAAGGGUGUGUGUGAGCUGCCCAAAAAACACGAAGGGAAUCGAGGCCAGGGUGUUUGAUAGUGGUCAGUCGGACCUGAGGUAGGUUAGAGCUGAGAGCUUCGCGAUGGCCUGGGCUUUGAAGUUACCGCUCGCUGAUGAGGUGAUCGAGUCCGGGCUCGUGCAGGACUUCGACGCGAGUCUGUCCGGCAUUGGGCAGGAGCUCGGAGCUGGAGCCUACAGUAUGAGUGAUGUACUGGCUCUCCCCAUCUUUAAGCAGGAAGAAUCCAAUCUGCCUCCUGACAAUGACAAUAAGAUUCUUCCUUUCCAGUAUGUUUUGUGUGCUGCCACAUCACCUGCUGUUAAACUGCAUGACGAGACGCUCACCUACCUCAACCAAGGACAGUCUUAUGAAAUUCGGAUGCUGGACAAUCGGAAAAUGGGUGAGCUUCCGGAGAUAACUGGCAAAAUGGUGAAGAGUAUCAUCCGUGUGGUGUUUCAUGACCGGCGGCUGCAGUACACGGAGCACCAGCAGCUGGAAGGCUGGCGCUGGAAUAGACCAGGUGACAGAAUCCUUGAUCUAGAUAUUCCUAUGUCUGUUGGCAUCGUGGAUCCCAGGGCAAACCCUACACAGCUCAACACAGUGGAAUUCCUGUGGGACCCCUCAAAGAGGACUUCAGCCUUCAUUCAGGUUCAUUGCAUCAGCACAGAGUUCACAAUGCGCAAGCAUGGUGGAGAGAAGGGAGUGCCGUUCCGCAUCCAAAUCGACACGUUCAAGGAGAAUGAAGCAGGAGAGUACACUGAACACCUGCACUCUGCCAGCUGCCAAAUCAAAGUCUUCAAGCCCAAAGGUGCUGACAGGAAGCAAAAGACAGACAGAGAAAAGAUGGAGAAGAGAGCACCUCAAGAAAAGGAAAAAUACCAGCCAUCCUAUGAAACUACCAUUCUUACUGAGUGCUCACCUUGGCCUGAGGUUACUUAUGUGAAUAACUCUCCAUCACCAGGCUUCGGCAGCACCCAUAACAGCUUCCCUGUUGCUGAAGGGAAUGGAUCACCAAAUCACCAGCCAGAGCCAGUGGCACAGGUAGCAGAUAACCUGUUGCCCACGGCAACGCCACAGGAAUCGCAGCAGUGGCUCCAUAGAAACCGUUUUUCGCCAUUCUGCCGUCUCUUCACAAACUUCUCGGGGGCAGACCUGCUGAAGCUGACAAGGGAGGACGUCAUUCAGAUUUGUGGCCCGGCCGAUGGUAUACGACUUUUCAACGCACUGAAAGGAAGGGUGGUUCGCCCAAGACUCACUAUCUAUGUGUGCCAGGAGUCCCAGCAUGCCAGGGAACAGCAACACAAACACGAGAAUGGAGACGGCACCAGCAACACCUUUUUUGGUGUGUGUUUGUGUGUGGAAGAUGCUGAGGUUUACCAUGCUAUUUACCUGGAGGAGCUAACGGCUGUUGAACUGACAGAGAAGAUAGCCCAGCUUUUCAACAUCUCUCCACGCCAGAUCAGUCAGAUUUUCAAACAAGGACCUACAGGCAUUCAUGUGCUGGUCAGCGAUGAGAUGAUUCAGAACUUUCAGGAUGAGGUGUGUUUUGUCUUGGACACAAUGAAAGCUGAGACAAGUGAUGGAUAUCACAUCAUCCUGAAGUGAAAAAGCAAAAUGGGGAGAGAGUCAGCCCCUGUUUCCCAUCAGAUUAAACCUCCCGUCAGUACGCCCACCCACAGCUCCCUGCCUUCCACUCUUCCUGGACCACGCUUACGAUUGUUUUACUUGGAAAGAGCAUAGAGGCCACCGUGGGAAAGGGGAGAAGUGUCUGGCCCCUUCUGAAACCUUCCUGUCUUACUCUCUACAGAGUAUCUGUACUGCCAGUACUGUCCUCCCCCUUCUGCAAAAGGUGCUUAGUCAUUUAUUUUUCCUUAUGAAAAGUGUCUUCUUUGAUGUUCAUGUAAUAGCUGAAACCUUCGGUGUGCCAAAAUCUGUUGCCUGAAAACGACUGAAUUGGUUGUCGUGGAACUAGCAUUAGAAAAUACUAUCUGACGUGGUCCUCAUGCAUCUUACCACAACCUUCCUUUCCACGCCCUUCAACAGAAGUAUUAACCAGAGCUCCUUCACACACUGUGAAAGCCCCUGUAGACGAAAGGAAGUGCGAACAAAGAUAAGGAUCUUCACGUAUCUAAAGGAAGUGUAGCCUCAGGGUUCAUCAUGGGAAGACCUGUACAGGCUCCUAAAAUGAUGCGCCUUUGAAAUUGUUCAGCGUUCUUGCAACUUUGUCAGAUUACAGUAAACCUGAUGACUGACAAUGAUUAGGAGGUUAAUACUGGAAGUCUAGUAUGAAAAGCAGUUGUACAGAUCAGUUUCUUGGUUUUGUAGUGUCCGAGAUUCAUUGUUCUCAUGUACUAUUGUCCCAUACAUUAUAAUUUGGUUCUGUGUAAUUAUAUAAUCUGAAUUCUGAGUCUGUUAGCUUAUUCAAAGAGCAUGUUAAGCUUGAUAUGCUGUCAUCAGUCUGAUUGAAUUAUUUUAACAUCUUCCCUUGGCUUGCCAGUCCAAAAGCAAGAUGUGCAGCUCUGCUCUAUGUAAUUGAGUUACUGACAUGUACCUCAUUUAUUAACCAAUGUUUUUAAGGGAAAAACUGUAUUUAUUUUACAGAUCAAGUGGCUAAGAAUUCAGUGGCUAAUGCAUAGUGGAAAAUGCACACUACAUUUUAUUGUUAAUGUUUUAUCAUACUAUUCAGACAGUGGGCUCAGUUGGCACCACCAGGCAUUAUUCAGCUUUUCAUUUGGUUGUUUUUUUUCUCCUGUUACACUCAUCACUGUCAGAAGCUCUUGCUUUAGAACACUUUCUACAUUUGCAAACGUAUCUUUUAGCUUUUUAGGGGGAGAACAUCUUAUGUUUAUUUGUUAAAAAAAAAUCAUGUUUUAUGUAAGUCUAUAAUCCACCCAUUUUAUGUGGGUCAUUCACAUUUUUUUUUUUUUUGGUUGUGACCACUGCAAUACAAAUCCAUUUGGGGUGAAAAACAUAUGCUUUAACUGCUUGUGAAGUUAGAGAUGGUUAACAAUGCUAAAUGUAAACAAGACUGAGAUGGAAAAGUCACUGAGGCCUCUCAGUGACUGUCUGUCUUUUCCCCCUUUCCUAUGCCAUUGCAACAAUUAAAACGGCUUACCCAUUAAACAUA